CAUCCAAACAAGCCAUAAAUUUCCGAGGGGUUUAGUGAUAAAUUUACCUCCCUGUAUCAUCCUCAAACAGGAACGGUCGAGACCCGCAGAAGAUAUGAUACUAACGGCCCUCCCUCCUCCUCCUCUCCCCAAAUUUACCAAAAAUCUCCAGAAAUCCUCUCCAUUUUCAUCAAUUUCAAUUUCUGAUGGAAUCAAAUGCACCCUUUUGAAUGCACUCGAACUCAGGAAGCGUGGAGCUGUUCUCUGCACGAAAGAGGACAGUGCCAAUGACGUGUUCGAUGGUUUCUCGGUCCUUUCUUCAGAUACACCAUGGGAUCAUGACAAUCUAUGGAGCACAUUUGGUGCAUAUUUCUUCAUUUUGCAUAUUCCUUUGAGUUAUGGCGGGCUCUCUAUUACUGCCAACAUAUUGCAUCAAUCUGUUCUUGAUCCCUUAGCAACGGCUGUAUCAGCAGUCAUACUGCAAACCACAGAAACAGCUGCGGCUUUAGCACUCUUCUACUACUCUGCAAAGCCACAAUAUACAUUUUUCAAAUUUAUCAGCAGAAUGCCGAAUUCAAAACAAAGGAACUGGAUAAAUGCAUCUGCUUUGGGAAUUGGUUUUCUGGUUGGGUUGGUUUUGCUCACGUCUACUCUCGCUGACAGGUUUGUUGGUCCUAAGGAUGUGAAUAAUCCCAUUUUGAAGGAUAUACUUUCUUACAGCCCCAUCUCUAGAACAGCAUGCUUCUCUCUCUAUUGCCUCAUUUCACCACUACUGGAAGAAGUCGUUUAUCGAGGAUUUCUUCUAAGAUCUCUUGCAUCGACCACAAAAUGGUGGCAAGCUGUUAUUAUUAGCUCCUGCGUUUUCAGUGUAGCUCACUUUUCAGUUGAGAAUUUUCUUCAACUCUUCCUCAUUGGCUGUGUUCUUGGGUCUGCUUAUUGUUGGACUGGGAAUCUGGCUGCUCCUUUCACCAUCCAUUCUGCGUAUAAUGCAAUGAUUUUGUUUGUGACGAUUAUGUCUCAAACUGAGUUUAAACAUUAGAAUACUUGAGUAUCCUGCUAUAAGAAGAAGCGUCUGAAAUGGAACCUGAGUGCUGAUUCUGGAAGAGAACUUGUUCCGCAGUAUGGAGUGUGCCUUACGAGCAAUGAAGAUUGUUGAAGCAAAAGAAAAAAACUCCAGAAAGAAUGAAGGUGAGUAUAUAUGUACUUGACAUUAUUUGAGGUAAACUUAUUUUUAGCA